AGGAAGAGAGUGGGAGUGAGAGUAGUAUGACGCCGCUUGUCUCGGAUGCUCACAGUGAUCAUGGCGGACAGCGCGAGUGAGAGUGACACUGAUGGAGCGGGCAGCAGCUCGGCUGCUCCCCAGUGCUCCACUUCUACUUCUUCCUCUUCUUCCAACAAACAACAAGGUUUCGUGAUUUCCCCGUUCCGCCUGGAGGAGCUGACAAAUCGCCUGGCGUCCCUGCAGCAGGAGAACAAAGUGCUGAAGAUCGAGCUGGAAACGUUCAAGCUGAAGUGUAAAGCCUUGCAGGAGGAGAACAGAGACCUUCGCAAAGCCAGCGUCACAAUACAAGCCAGAGCAGAACAAGAAGAGGAGUUCAUCAGCAACACGCUGUUCAAGAAGAUCCAGGCUUUGCAGAAGGAGAAAGAAACCCUCGCUGUGAAUUACGAAAAGGAGGAAGAAUUCCUUACCAACGAACUCUCUCGCAAACUCAUGCAACUUCAGCAUGAGAAAGCGGAGCUCGAGCAGCACUUGGAACAAGAGCAAGAGUUCCAGGUCAACAAACUGAUGAAGAAGAUCAAGAAGUUGGAGAACGACACCAUCUCCAAGCAGCUCACCUUGGAGCAGCUCAGACGAGAGAAGAUUGACUUGGAGAACACAUUGGAGCAAGAACAGGAGGCACUGGUCAACCGACUGUGGAAGCGGAUGGACAAACUUGAAGCUGAGAAAAGGAUUCUCCAGGAGAAGCUGGACCAGCCGGUGUCCGCUCCUCCGUCCCCGAGGGACAUCUCCAUGGAGAUCGACUCUCCAGAGAACAUGAUGAGACACAUCCGUUUCCUGAAGAACGAGGUGGAGAGGCUGAAGAAGAACCUGCGCACCGCUGAACUCCAGCACACCGAGAAGCGAGCUCAGUACAUCGAGGAGGAGCGGAUCAUGCGGGAGGAGAACAUUCGGCUGCAGAGGAAGCUGCAGCGGGAGGUGGAGAGGCGCGAGGCUUUGUGCAGGCAGCUUUCAGAAAGCGAGUCCAGCCUGGAGAUGGACGACGAAAGGUACUUUAAUGAAAUGUCAGCCCAGGGUCUUCGUCCUCGCACUGUGUCCAGUCCAAUCCCUUACACUCCGUCCCCAAGCUCGAGCAGACCCAUAUCCCCAGGGCUGUCAUAUGCCAGUCACACAGUGGGCUUUACCCCUCCGGCCACACUGACCCGUGCCGGAAUGUCCUACUACAACACGCCAGGUCUGCACGUGCACGUAGGAGGUUCACAUGGGAUCGCGAGGCCGUCCCCGAGGAGAAGCAACAGCCCGGACAAGUUCAAGCGUCCGACGCCACCUCCUUCCCCUAACACGCAAGCUGGAGCACAGCCUGGCCCCCCUCCUCCUCCACCGCCCCCUGCAGCACCAGUGCAGCACCAACCGUCCUCACAGCCAUAAUAAUGCAUGAGCUCAGAGUGGACUCGGACCAGAGCUACUGUAUUCCCGCCAAGCCAAAGGCUUAUCUAUUCUAUGUACAUGGAGUCAGCAUCUUCCUCUUGCACUGAGAAUCAAAUAGGCUUCACUGUUAAUGUGUGGUGUUUUUUUUUUUUUUUUUUUUUUUUUUUUAAUCCAUUUUGGUUUCGAAUGCAAUUCAGUGGACUUGUCGUACUAAUUCCAACACUAAACCUGCUUCCCCCCUCCGACUAGAAGUCAUACGAAUCUGUAGAAAUGCAGAACCGCUUCUGGCAGAGCGUGAUAAAGGGAGUGAACGUUAAUCGAUUUCCUGCUCAGCUUUUUAAAGCGCAUGUAAUGCAAAAGCGCUACCGAAAGAACUCCCAUGAGCUUUGCUUACAGAAAAGAAAAUAUGUGAGAAGUGUUUAAAUAAUUUUAGAGCAUUUUUCCAUAUGAACGAGUCUUCUAGCAGAAACACAUUAUACACACGCAGCCAGCCAGGUGCUUUCGAGGUCUCCUUUCAUACAGUACGCAUUAGAUGGGCCCGGUGGGAAAAGUGUAGCUAAUGGCUUUUAAAGGAUGCAGAAGAGCAACCAUGCACACUUGCUUAAAUGACCAAUUAGCCAGAGGUGUAUAUGCUGCGGAUGCUGUUCUGUUCACGCCUAACGGCAAAUCAACCAUGCUCACGUGGCAGUAAGCGUUUGAUUUUGACAGACUGAUUUAAAAAACAAAAAACAAAGUGCAUGCGUGAAAUGCAGCCAGGGCUCGCUGAGGAAAUUGAUGGCUUACUGAACACAAGUAAUGCAUAUUAUAUAUGUUAUUUUUUUCGCUCAGAGUGUGAAAGCAUUCUUAAUAGCGCAAAGGGAGAAAGAAUGGUUUACUUUUAUGCUGUUCGUUGGUUUAUCACCGUUUGCAUCUGUUUAAUUGUAAAACGUGUACCAAUACAUUCUUUAUUCUUUCACCUCGCGUCUUUGAUCGAAAUGUCUCAGAUUAGGCAGAAGGACCCAGGUGUGUACGAUGUUCUCGUACCCAUUUCUCAGACACAUCCUACUCCUAACAGUGUAAAUGGUACCACUGUGACUUUCCCUCCCCCCCUUUGUAAUGUGUUCUCUAGUACAGAUGUGAAUUUAUUUGGGAAAAGAGUCGUCACAGAGAGAAAGUGUAAAUAGACAUAUCCCCUUUUGUAAGCGUUGUAAAAAAUUAUAAUAAUAAUUAUGCCAUGACACAAAUUCAUCUUUUUUUUUUUUUUUUUUUUGAAGGAUUUGAAAUCUCUCUCUAUGAUUGGAAUGUAUUUGUGAUCUCGUCUUCAACCUUCCUGUCUUGGUUCUUAUUCAUUUGUUUACACAUGUAUACAGUCUGUUCCGGGUUACCAAAUAGCUUUCGGUUUGCGCAGCUUAAAAACAAAAAUAAUGUAAAAAGGCAGAACAAUAAAACACAAAGCACUUACUGUUUAUUACAAAGAACGCUAAUUUAUUGGGAAAUUACAGCAGAUCAAAAUGAAAAAUGAAAUUUCUGGUACUAAGCAGUUCCGUUGUGAUUAAGGCACUGAUGUUUAGUGAGGACACAGUCAGCGGCAACAUGCCUCUGAAGUGUGGCGUUUUUGGCGAACUGUCUCGCUAUAAAACCUGUUUGUGGUUUAGGUGUAUCAGUUUCUCUUUUCUUUUUUUUUCUUCUUUAUAAGAUUCCUGGAAGCAUAUGUUGUUCUUUCCUUUUCAGUUUGUUUCAUCAUUUCAAUGUAAAUAUUCGUUUCAUCGUGUAAAGGAAAAAGACAUUGUACUUUGUUUUACCAUGAGGUGUUUCAAGAACAUUUCAAGUUUCAAAUUUUACUCAAAAGUAAGAUUUCGCUCAUUUUCGUUAUCCUUGUUGUUUUCUUUUUAAGACUGUUUGACAAAUGAAUGUAACGUUUGCUCAUGUUUUACUGCUAUCUUCAGUGGAUGGAACACCUUUGAGCCUUAACUCACUGUGGUAUUGCUAAAUGUAAGCAUUAUCUAGCUUAUCCCAACAUCAAUUAAUUAAAGCCUUAAUAAUGUGGA